GAUGGAUGAAUAAGGAAAGGCCGUUUUUAAGGGUAGGUGCUUUCUUUUCUCCUUUGGUGGAAACUGAAAAAGGGAGUGAGAAUCAAUCAACUACAGCAACCAAAUUCCCCUUCUGGGUAUUCCUCCACAACUUCCUUGUUUGUUUCUUCUCUUUUCUUUGGAUCUCUUCUCUUCACAAAUCACAAACCUUUUCCGGUUUCUAUUCCUAUUUGGUGUUUGUCUCAGAGUUGUUUGUGUUCAAGGAACACAUCAAAGUUGCAUAAAUAAUUCUGGGAUUCCCAAAUUCUCGUCAGUUUCCCCUUCAUUAAUUUGUCCUUUGUCAAGAACAAGAAAAGCUCUUUUCUGGUUUACCCUAUCUGAGAAAAGAUGGUGAGGGGAAAGACUCAGAUGAAGCGCAUAGAGAACGCCACAAGCAGGCAAGUGACCUUCUCCAAGCGCCGGAAUGGUCUGCUCAAGAAAGCCUAUGAGCUCUCAGUUCUCUGUGAUGCAGAGGUUGCCCUCAUAAUUUUCUCCCCCAGAGGCAAACUAUAUGAAUUCUCAAGCUCUAGCAUGCAGGCUACAAUAGAUCGUUAUCUGAAGCAUGCAAAGGACAAUCAAACCAAAAAGCCAGUCGAACAAAACUCGCAGCAUCUGAAGCAAGAAGCGGCAGAAAUGAUAAAGAAGAUUGAGAUUCUCGAAGUUUCAAGAAGAAAAUUACUUGGAGAAGGUCUGGGGUCAUGCACAAUUGAAGAACUAAAAGACAUUGAACAGCAGCUGGAGAGAAGCGUAAUCAACGUCCGAGCAAGAAAGACUCAGGUUUUCAAUGAACAGAUUGAGCGGCUAAAGGAGAAGGAAAAAGCACUUGUAGCUGAAAAUUCAAAGCUGUCUGAGAAGUGUGGUUUGAUGCCAUGGCAAGGAUCAAAUGAGCAAAGAGAGACUGCAGUAGUACCGGAAGACAGCAACCCAAUUUCGGACGUGGAGACUGAAUUGUUCAUUGGACCACCGGAGAAAAGAACAAGGCUGCUGCUGCCUCAGAAUUAAUAUUGGUGGUACAGGCGCGUUUUCUGGAAUGCAACAAGUUUACAUAUAUAUUAGUUAUAACCCUGCUCUAGAAAUAACACCAGCGAUGGUAUAAAUUAAAUAGCAAUUGUAAUUUUGUCUGUAUUAUUAUUAUAUAAUGAAACGUGAUAAAAAAGAAUACUAUUCUGAUGUUCUUAUUUCCCAUGCAUAUGUAAAACGUGU